GCUGGCGUGCAUUCAACCAACGCUUCCCAGCUAAAGCGAGCCCGGGAAAGAAGAGGGGGGGAGGAAAAAAAGGGGGAGCUUUCCUCCAAAAGCCUUCCGAUCUGCAGGGUGAAAAGUGAUUGACGCCAUCGUGAAGGGGGGCGAGAGGGAGCUGGAAGGGGCAGACCCAGGAGGUGUCACCCUAGGGUCCGAGAGGUGGAGGAUGAACGGAGAAGCGGAUAGCCCAACUGACUUAGAAAUGACGGCCCCCAAAAACCAAGACCGUUGGACCCAGGAAGAUAUGCUCACCCUCUUGGAGUGCAUGAAGAACAAUCUGCCCUCCAAUGACGGCAGCAAGUUCAAAACCACCGAAUCCCACCUGGACUGGGACAAAGUUGCCUUCAAGGACUUUUCCAGUGAGAUGUGCAAGAUGAAGUGGAAUGAGAUCUCCAAUGAGGUGAGGAAGUUCCGAACCCUGACAGAACUGAUUAUGGACGCUGAGGAGCACGUGAAAAACCCAUACAAGGGCAAAAAGCUGAAGAAGCAUCCCGACUUCCCCAAGAAACCUUUGACUCCAUAUUUCCGUUUCUUCAUGGAGAAGCGAGCAAAGUAUGCUAAGCUACACCCGGAAAUGAGCAAUCUGGAUCUCACCAAGAUACUAUCCAAAAAGUAUAAGGAGCUCCCUGAAAAGAAGAAGAUGAAGUACAUCCAAGACUUCCAGCGAGAGAAACAAGAUUUUCAGCGAAAUUUGGCAAGAUUUAGGGAAGACCACCCCGACCUCAUUCAAAAUGCCAAGAAGUCUGAUAUCCCAGAGAAACCCAAGACUCCUCAACAGCUCUGGUACACUCAUGAGAAGAAGAUCUACCUGAAAGUGCGCCCUGAUGCCACCACGAAGGAGCUGAAGGAUUCGUUGGGCAAGCAAUGGUCUCAGCUCUCGGACAAAAAAAGGCUGAAAUGGAUUCAUAAGGCUCUGGAGCAGCGGAAGGAGUAUGAGGAAGUGAUGCGGGAUUAUAUCCAGAAGCACCCAGAGAUGAACUUCGAGGAAGGUGCGCCCCCUCGUUCCACCCUGACUAAAGCGGAGAGGCAGCUGAAGGACAAGUUUGAUGGGCGACCCACCAAGCCGCCUCCGAAUAGUUACUCGCUUUACUGUGCUGAACUGAUGGCAAACAUGAAAGAUGUCCCAAGCACAGAACGGAUGGUGCUCUGCAGUCAGCAGUGGAAGCUCCUUUCCCAGAAGGAAAAAGACGCCUACCACAAAAAGUGUGAUCAGAGAAAGAAAGAUUAUGAAAUUGAGCUCUUGCGUUUCCUGGAGAGCUUACCUGAAGAAGAACAGCAGAGGGUUCUGGGAGAGGAGAAGAUGCUGGGAGUAAACAAGAAAGGUGCCACUAGCCCUGCCUCUAAAAAGACUUCACCAGAUGCCAGCAAGGGAGGUUCUGAGAAACCCAAACGGCCCGUUUCUGCUAUGUUUAUCUUCUCGGAGGAGAAACGCAAGCAGCUGCAGGAGGAGCGACCCGAACUGUCGGAGAGCGAACUGACCCGGCUGCUGGCGCGGAUGUGGAAUGAUCUUUCAGAGAAAAAAAAGGCCAAGUACAAAGCUCGUGAGGCUGCCAUGAAAGCUCAGACAGAAAAGAAGCAUGGUUCCGACAAGGAGGAUCGCGGCAAACUUCCCGAGUCACCGAAAACAGCUGAAGAAAUCUGGCAGCAGAGUGUCAUUGGAGAUUAUCUUGCUCGCUUUAAGAAUGACCGAGGGAAAGCACUAAAAGCCAUGGAAGCCACCUGGAACAACAUGGAGAAGAAGGAGAAACUGAUGUGGAUCAAGAAGGCAGCAGAAGAUCAGAAACGAUACGAGCGAGAACUGAGUGAGAUGAGGGCGCCACCAUGCACCACAAAUUCCUCCAAGAAGAUGAAAUUCCAGGGUGAGCCGAAGAAACCCCCCAUGAACGGGUAUCAGAAGUUUUCUCAGGAGCUGCUUUCAAAUGGUGAACUUAACCAUCUUCCUCUGAAGGAGCGGAUGGUGGAGAUUGGAAGCCGCUGGCAGCGCAUCUCUCAGAGCCAAAAGGAACAGUACAAGAAGUUGGCCGAAGAGCAGCAGAAACAGUACAAAGUACACCUGGAUAUGUGGCUCAAGAGUUUGUCACCACAGGAGAGAGCUGUGUACAAGGAACAUACCUCCAAUAAACGCAAGAACAUGGGGAAGAUGCGAGGCCCAAAUCCUAAAAUGAAGCCCUCGGUGCAGUCCAAAUCAGAAUCUGAGGACGAGGAUGAUGACGACGACGAUGAUGAUGACGAUGAAGAGGAAGAGGAGGAGGACGAUGACAAUGCUGACUCCUCUGAGGAGGGAGGGGAUUCCUCUGAUUCAAGUAGUGAAGAGGAGAGCGAAGACGGGGAUGAGAAUGAAGAAGAGGAUGAUGAAGAGGACGAUGAUGACGACGACGACAAUGAAUCUGAGGGCAGCAGCAGUUCCUCCUCGUCCUCAGGAGAUUCUUCUGAUUCGGACUCCAAUUGAACCAUCCCCUUUCUCCAGCCGCCUUUCUUGCUGUACUCUAUUCGGUUUUGUUUUUCCGGAUAAAAGUAACAUCUACAGCUGGAGAGCUAGGAUGGGAAGGAAAGGGAGGAAGGAAAUCACUGUGGUUUAAUUAUCUUCCUCUCCUUGCACACCUCACAUUGUAUUUAACUGUGUGUGGUUGUGUGUGAGGGGAGCAGGGGGGUAGAAAAUAGCUGACAACCAGCGGAGGGUUUUUUUGUGGCGGUGGUGUGGGGAGAGAAUUUUUAUUCUAUACUGCUCUCUCUUAUUCCUCCCCCCCUUCUGAAUCUCUGGGGGUCCCCCCCCCUUUUUUGUUGAGGUGGGCAGGGUCCUGGCAAAAUACAGGCCCCUUUUUAUUUCCUCCCCCCUCACAUAUCUACCCCCCCCGCCCACCCCCAAUUCUAUCCACCAGCUUUGGACUUUGUACAAAUUCUUUUUUAAAAAAACGAAAAACCAACAUGGCAAUGAGAGAUUUCCCCACCCCCCCUUAGCAAACAGCCAGAGAGAUGGGUUCCAGAGAGCACGAGCCAUUGAAGGUUCUGGACUUUGCCAGUGUGACCCACCUCUCCUCAAAGUGGACAAUCUUGUACAGUCUAGAAAUUUUACACCUUGAUGAAAGAGAACAAAAUGGCCACAGCUGCACUUAGUUAUUUCCUGUAAUGAACUGGAUAUCCAGCAAACGUUUCCUGCUGAAGGAAAUGGGAUGGGAGGGUAUAUUUCACGUGAGUGCAUGGCAAGGGUCAGGGAAUAGAAAAGGAACUGAAGAAAAGGAUUUCUUUUGCAGAGAGAAUAUCUGACUGGUAUGCUGUCGCAGGAGAAGAGAAUUUUGGGAGCUCCAAGGUUACUGACUUUAUUUUGCAGGAGGUGGACUUUUUCUGUCGUUUUUCUGACCAGCAUUUAAACAAAGACAGUAGUGGCCAGACCCCUUUGGGUUGUUGUUGUUGUUAAUAUAUAUAUUUUUUUUUACAAUGAAGUGACCAAUAAUUGUACCAAAAUGGGGCAUUUUGUUUGACUGUCUUUGGAAGCGGGAGGUUGGUUGUGGGUGGGAUCCUCUGUGUCAUUAAGCUUUUUUUUUUCAAAAAAACACAAAAAAAAUGUUUUAUAAACAAAGUGAGACAACCAUCUUUUUUACAACUAAAUUAUCCCAUCUUUGAGAUUGAGUACGUGAUAUGUCUCUUACCCUUAUGCAGAGGCUGGGAUCUUAGGAGUGGAUAGGGUUUGUAUAUAAGAGGCACAUAGAUUCCCCUUGGUUUUAUUCAGGCUGCAUGUGUUCAUUCAACUUUGGGCAGAGGAUUGAUGCCAAGAAGAGAAUGAUUCCAGCCACCAAGAAGUGUAUUUCUUAGCCUCUUCUGUGGGGAAUAGAAACGGAAAGGAAACUCCAGUACCAACUUUGUGUUUGCCCUGUAAACGACAUCAGAGCUAGUAGACAUGCUAUUUGGGGGUCAGGUGGUGUUGGUUGUAAAAAAAAGAAAAAGCAGCAACCACACCUCCUUCUCCCUUGUAAGAUGCCCGAUCAUACAAAACAUCACCAUGCCACAAAUUCCCCUACCCAUUCUCCCAGGAGUAACUAAAGGGGUAGGGAAAUUUGCAGCUUGGUGAUUUCAAGAAACACUUUGUAUGACUAGACAUUAUUGGGCAAAAGGAAGGGCCGGAACUACAUGGCUGCUGCUUCCAGGGGUGUGUGUCUCCUGUAAUGUUUAGUUCCAGCCUGAAAAAAGAGCAAGAAACUAUUACCUUGUUUGGAUGUAAAACUAAGAUGUGUGUUAGCUCUACUUGAGCAAGCCUUGGACAUGUAAGCUUUCCCCUUGCUCUGAAGAGAUCAGAAACGUUUGUUUCCUUAUUUAAUUAACCAUGGUUACUUGUUGUGUCCAAAUGUGGACAAACUGGUUUAACUUUGCUUUACGGAAACAAGCCACAAUUGGAAUCAUGGUCUGUGAUCCUGGCCUGUUUCCCUAAACCAUAGUUAAGAUUUUCCAUAAUAUUAAACCAUGGUUUAUUGCAAACAGAGAAGAGAGUUUCUAAUCUCACAGUGCAAGAAAGAGGAAGGGGGCGGAUGCAUGAGCCUGAGACUUGUUCGCAUAAUGUUGAUACACAGUUUAGCAUAAUGUCCAAACUAGAUCAGUACAAAUUAAAUUGGCAUUGGUGAUUUUCUCAGAAAAACAAGCUGGUAUGUUGCAUCUUGCUAUCUAAUUGGACAGGUGGUAUUUAGGCAAGGCUCCUUUUGCUUCUUCCCAUCUGUGUUUCCUGUCCUUCUGUUUCUUUAAUAUUUUACAUGCAAAACAUAAUUUAGUUUAUGAGAGCAUGCACCCUGACUAGCCUUUAUUUUUACAUUCUUUGGACGAUUACCUGCUCUAAUAAUAUGACAAGGAAUUUCUCAUUUUUAAGGCCAGAUCCUGCGACUAGUGGCUUGUAGCCCCAAUUUGGCCUGCAAGCUGGUUCUGUACUAUAUCUUGGCUCUUCAGUGUCCUUCAUAGCACCCUGUGUCUUCUGUUGACAAGCAAAAUGAGAAUUUUGCAAAACAAACUUCAAAUGCAUUGUAGUUUACAGAAUUCAUUGUUUCCCCUUGAAAUAUACUUUGGAUUUUUAUUUUUAAGCAUACCCACCAGAAAAAGUACACACACACCCUUUUUAUCCCUCCCCCCUUGUGGAAAUUGAACACAUGGCUUGUGCUUUGCCGAUCUCUUUUGGGUAAGUCUGGAAACCUCAUGAAGGAAACAUGGUCUUCUAAAGAAAGACUUGGCUUCUAGCACUGCAGAUACUCCCCUGGAGGGAAGCUGGACCAUUUGAGAAUGCAGUCGAGAGAGGGAGUUACAAAGGGCACUGAAGACCCUUCCAGAUGCUGGACCACAGCUCUCAUCAUCCCUGAUCGUUGGCCAUGCUGCCUGGGGUUGAUGGGAGUUGGAAUUCAGCUACAUCAGGAAAGCCACAGGUUAGUCAAAUCCGAUUUACAGGAUAAAAAAACUUAACAGCAGUAUUUCCCAUUUAGUCUGCUUUUCUCUAUCAAUUCACUGUCUCUUGCAAUGUCUUGCUGUGCCAAAUGUAUUCCUUCUCUUUGAGCAUCUUGGCCCCACAGUUGCCCUUUGGAAGUGUGCUGUACCUCCGUUCCAUCACUGGGAAGAGUCCAGUUGUUAAAUAAUCUUAUUUUGAACCAGCAACUCAAAUAUAUACAAAAGUCUCCCACUAUUGCAAAAUGCCUUGGGAGGACCUGCAGGUUUCAAGCAUUGGAACUUUCCCUACCUUUGCUAGCAUUUCUAGUUUUUUUAAAAAAAACACCCACGUCAUCUUGGGUAGCAAACUUCAAAACUAGCCACAGGAUUGAUAUUAAACUUAUAUACACACCUGGUUACAGGCACCACUGGAACCUGUGUAAACCUGGCUCCAUUGAAAUCUUGAGUGGCUCUUGGUGGCCGUAUUAAUUUAGGAAAGAGUAUUUUGCAUUGUGGGAAUGACUUGACUGAAUAACAUGCAAAUGUUCCCAUAACAUACCUUGAGAAGUGCAGUUUUCCACUGUACUUUCAUUGGGAUGAACAACUUACUUCCAUGAGCAUCGACAUAUUGCAAAGCACAUCAGUCUUGUUUACGAAGAGAAGUGCACCGUCACGUAUGGGAGUGUGUGUUUGUGUGUAUGCAGUUGUUGUGGGAAUAGUUCGGACAAGUCAAGAUUUUCCUCUGUCUUUUUUGUUUGUUUGUUUAUGUUUUUGGUACAUACUGGUCUGGGUUGCUUUGGGUUGAACUCUUGGAGGCAAAACAACAGAAGUAUGUUGUCUUUGGACAAGCGGUCGAUCUCAAUAGCCCUUUGGCUUUUCUGGCUUGGUAUAAAAUACCAGUAACACAUCCAAGCAGGGAUUUACUGAAUAACACCAGAUCAUUUAGAGCAAAAGCUUUUCAGGGAAAAAGAAACUUACCUGAGAACAUAGGAAAUCAAUUAAUGUACAGUACACAUGAAAAUGGGUAUUUUUGUGCCCUUGAAUAGUACUCAAACGGUUAUUAGUUUUUGGUGGAUUCAGUACACUUGAAAAACCUCCAAAGAUCUUGCAGACUUGAAAAGAUAUUAUUAAGUACAUGUAAUCAAAACUAAAACCGUUGAAGUCGAUAGAAAUGCUACUCAGGAAGAAUCACUAAAAUGAUGUAGGGUGUAAUCCACCCCUUUUGGGUGGGGCAAGGGUUUGGAUUGGUAGGUGGAAGUGCUGCCACUGAAAAGGGACAUUCCAAGGGAGGGGCUAAGUUGGCCACACUGCCAUCAGUGGAUAGCACUGGGUCUGAUGCUGGUCCAGCUUGGCAUAGCAUUUUGCCUGCCCCCGGCUUCGACCCUAGCCCAUGUGCCUGGUAGGACUGCUAAUGUCCUGGUAGGACUGCUAAUGCGAGGCAGUAGCUCAGGUUUGAAUGUCUUCCUAAAGCUAAACAACGGUGGAGCUUUAUGAUGGUGAUAAAUAACCAUUUACAAGAAAUACAAGAAAAGAGUGGCAACAUGUAAAAUCGUAAGUAAUCCGUUCAACGUUUGCUUUUUAAGUCUGUAUGAUCACCAACACGUUCUCAUUCCUGAAGUUCUUCGGGUUAUUCUAUAAAUCCUUGCCUGCAACCUGUCACUGACCUUGAACUGGUGUAUAAAAGAUAAGUAUUACAUUUAAAAAUGCUUACUAUGUAGGGGUUUACUUGACCCAACAUCUCAUUUACAUGGCUCUUCACCCAUGUGCUGGUCCCUUGAUAUGCACAAUUCCCACGCCAGUAAUCUUUGAUCAAGAGGGAAGCCUCACUGCCAUGCAAAUGAAGAGGCUAUCACAUGGGUUAAGAGCCUUUUCAAGCAAGGCACCAAACUACAGGGAGCCCGGCAUGGGGGUAAGUACUGUCUCCAGAUUAUGUGGUUGGGCGUAAUCUUCCUUUAGAACCAAUAGGUGUUCCUCAAAGCUAGAAGUUGUUUUCGGUUGUUGUCAUUGUACCUCAUUCUGCAAGAGAAUCCUGAGGUGGGUGGGGGGGUUAGACUUGUGAAGAAGUGUGGCAAGUUGUGUAUGUUUCAGGUAACACCUUGUUGCCUCCUCCUUGCCCUCUGCCCGUUUGGUGCUAAGUUUUUCUCAUUACGUGAACUGCAUGGAAGCUACCAAUAAAUGCUUUUGCACAGGGAAGGCCCAUACAGAACCGUGCUAAGGGGGCAUCAUGGCUAUGGAUCCCCAAAUCAUGUGGAGUUUUUACAUGUAAUUGCCUCACCUUCCUUGAAGGCAGUGGAAGCUGAAACUCCAUCCCUUUUAAGUGACCCUUUGGGAAGUGUAUUUUAAUCAGUUAACACCUCUUCUGUUGAGUUAUUUCUUAGUGAACUUGUGGCUGGUAUAAUGUGUACUCUGAUUCACACAUGCACACAUCUUUUGUGGAGGUAGGCGAGAACCAAAACCUUAACAUUUUUGGACUCCCUUUUUAUAUAAUUUUCAAGCCUUUCCCAAUUUUGUCUCUGCUGGGGUAGGGAAAACCUUGUCGCCUCAUAAGAUGUUUGUCAGAACUUUGCCAGAAAUGAGAUGACCCAAUGAAAAUGUAGGAUGCAUCCAUUUAGAUGUACCUUUCUCACCUCAAGGAAGUUGGUUAUCAUUUGUGGAAUGGAGGCAUUUGUUCUGAUGCAGCAAAUGUGGCCACACGUAGAAGUAAAUUACGCAAAAUAUCAGCGGCAGGGGGAGAAGGAUUGCAUACAAUAACCAGGCAGUGUAUGCAACACUUUCUGUUGUUCUAAUGCAGCCUUCCCCACCUUGGUGCCUUCUCCAAAGGCCUGGCAAACCGGGACUGACUUGAGGGCAUCAGGUUCAGGAAGUCUCUUAACAGAUCCUACCCACUAGAAACCUGAAAGAAACACUUCAGCCAUUGCCACAUCAAGCUAGAUUUCUCCACAUUAACUUUGCUUUUCAUUGCCAUGUCUGAAUUCUGAUAGGAUGUGCCCAGUCAUGCACAUUUGUCACACAUCAACCCCUCUGAUGCUCCUGAACUCUCUAUUUCUGAUUCCGUCAGUCAAUCUUCCUUCCCCCUUUUCUCCUCUCUCUCAUCCUUCUAAAGUGAAACACCUGGUUUGAUUUUGCUGAAUGUACCAGCUCUGUUGUAUUUUAGUAGAUGUGUUUUUUAAGUAAAAAAAAAAAAACCUUAAAAAAACCUUGUUCUUUAAAGUAAAUUUCUUACAGUACUGAUGUCUUUUUAAAAAAAGAAAAAAAAUGUUACCAGGGGUUAGGGAGGGAGACAGAUUGUACUGUAAGAAGGUGGGACUGAGUGCAUUUUUGCACUGUUGACAAAAUGUGAUAUUCCAGAUAGAAGUUCUUGUGAAAAAGGAAUCAUUUUUUUUCUAAUAUUUAAAGUGUUUUUGUAGAUUUAAAAAAACUUUAAAAUGCCAAAAAAUAUUAAAAUGUACUGGAUUUCGGUUUCUAUUACUAAAUGGGACUUGGCAAGCUCAGGAUGCUUUUGGUUUCCUUAGAAGUUUUUGCUAUUUGCACCAACAUGGCAAGAACUUCAGCCUCAAGUCUAAAUAGACUUAAAACUGUGGAUCUCCCUCCCCUCCUUUUUUUUUUCCUUUUGUAUAAUAAAGAGCAAAAACAAA